AAUGUGAGUUGUUGUCAAGUGUAGCUAAUAGCAGCGUACACUGGCCGGUUUGUUUGGCUGCCAUGUCGGACUCUUUGGACAGGUCCACGAAGAUAAACUUGUUGAAGGAGUCGGUUGUGAAGAAACUUUGUGAAGUUUUGGAUAAAACAAGCAGCAAAGGAUGGCGAAAGUUAGGAGAGAUUGUUGGCAAUGACAGGCGGUUCAAAGUCAGCUCAGACGACAUGGAGAUGUGCUCUCUCAGGGUCCUGGAGGUGGAAGGCAGCCCGAGCUCCAUGCUGCUGAGGCUGAUGGGAGAGCGAGGUUGCACCACGGGUCACCUGAUUGAUUACCUCCAAACACUGGGCAACUCAGAGGCCCUGCAGUGCUUGAAGCCACCUGCCCUGCAGAUCCUCAUCCAGCCCCAAUCUGCUGCUCUAAUCUGUGGCCACAAUCUGCGCCUAAACUGCCACGCUGUGGGUAAAGCUCCAGUGCAGUACCAGUGGUUCAAGUCAAGAGAAGAAGUUCCAAACAGCGCAGCUCCAGAACUGCUGAUAAGUCCCGUCCAGCUGAAGGACGCUGGAUUUUACAUCUGCAGGGUCAAUAGUGGAGACGCCUGUGAAUUCAGCCAGUGGGCUCAGGUGGACGUUAUGAAUGGCAACAGGCCUUACGGUCAGAGUUAUCACUCCAUCGAUGGUCGGCUGAAGUUGGUGAUCCAGCCUCAGUUCCAGCGACUAGACGUUGGGGAAACCCUGCAGCUGGAGUGUGGAGCUGUGGGACGGCCCGUCCCCCAGUACCAGUGGCACAGAAACAGCGUCCCAAUCCCAAACGCCACAAAGAGAAAACUCCUGAUUCCUCACGUGACGCAGUGUCAUCACGGCCGCUACCGCUGUGAGAUCAGCAGCAGCACCGAAAGAAUGUGGACCAAUGAAGUUCAUGUUGUAAUUGCACCAAGGAUAUCUAUCCAGAUCUCGGGCGCAAUGGAGUGCUCUGAAGAUGACAUUUAUGCCAUUGGAGGAGAUUCCAGUGAACUUUAUCUUAAUAGUAUGCCAGAACAACUCUAUGCGACAGACAAAGUGGCUCUCCUGAUUGGUAAUCUGUCGUACCAGAACCACCCCCAGCUCAAAGCCCCCAUGGUGGACGUAUACGACCUGACCAACCUGCUACGGCAGCUGAACUUUAAAGUAGUUUCACUGCUGGACCUGACCGAGUCCGAGAUGAGAAACGCUGUGGACGAGUUCCUGCUGCUGCUUCACAAGGGGGUUUAUGGCCUGUUGUACUACGCCGGUCACGGAUAUGAGAACUACGGGAACAGUUUCAUGGUGCCGGUGGAUGCACCGAACCCGUACAGAUCGGCCAACUGUCUGUGUGUGCAGAGCAUCCUCAAACUGAUGCAGGAGAAGGAAACGGGCCUCAAUGUGUUUCUGCUGGACAUGUGCAGAAAGAGGAAUAUUCAUGAUGACAGCACUCCAAACAUUGUCCUGAGAGUUACGGCCAACAUUGUCUUUGGAUAUGCAACGUGUCAGGAUGCUGAGGCGUUUGAGCUGAGCUCCACGGGCUUCACCAACGGAGUGUUCGUCAAGUUUUUAAAGAAGCGGCUACUGGACGACGAGAAGAUCACCGUGGUUCUGGACAGAGUCGCUGAAGAUAUGGGUCAAUUCGAUGCUACGAAGGGAAAGCAGGCUCUGGAGAUCCGCAGCAGUCUGUCAGAGAGGAGAGCGCUCACCGAUCUGAUCCUGCUCGGAGACAGCACUGACCUCGCUCACGCUCACAGCCGCCAGUGGGCAAAAGCGCACGAGCUUCCUGAGAGCAUGUGUCUGAACUUUGACUGCGGUGCUCAGAUCAAGUUGGGUUUUGCCGCAGAGUUUUCCAACGUGCUCGUCAUUUACACUCACAUCAUAAAGAAACCUGAGGACAUGUCCUUCUGCCAGGCGCACGUCACUGACUUCACACAGGACCUCGAUGUGGAUCCUAAAGAAAUGAACAGAGAGACUCCGGAAGAGACGGGGAUCUACCUGCUGUCCAGCAGCCUGCCGCAGCACUGCCUCUACACCAGACUCAGCUCGCUGCAGAAGCUCAGGGAGGAGCUGGUCUUUACUGUGUGCCUUCAGGGCACCUUCGCAGCCAUGGAUGACGAUCAUCCCAUAUACUGGACCAAAAGCGUCAACAUCGGAAAGCCGCUAAUCGCGCGACUGGACCUCCACCGGGCCAUGCGUCGAAACAGCUGCCUGCAGACCUGUCCGAUGCCCCACAGCCCGUCCCAAAGCCCCUGUCACAGCCCUGGGCCUGAACACCAUCACCACCUUCUUUACCACGGGUCGCACCACACCCAGGACUUAAACCGCCUCUCCCCACAGCACCGGUAUCUGGACAUCUGCGAGCAUGCGCAGGGUGCGGUGGGUGGCUGUGGGUUUGCCUACCACGACCACCUCAGCCAGUGCGGCUACGAGCGAGUGAAUGAAGCUGAUGGACUUUUAAGCUCUCCGGGUAAACUCAGCAUCCCGAUCGAGACGACGGAGGACAUCAACGAGCUGCAGACUGUGUUCAUCAACAGCCUGCAGCUUCAUCCACAGUGA